UAAAAAAAAAAAAAAAAAAGGGCCGUUCCCAGUUGAGCACUGACCUUCAAUGUUCUUGUGAUCGAAGGGCGAGACGAUACUAAAAACGGAUAUUUUGUUAGAAGCCAAAUAGGAUAAAGGUGAUCUUCUCUUUCCAGCCUUUUCACCUUCUUUCUUUCUUACUUCCUCCCUUCUUUUCUUUUUUCAUACACGCAUCAUUUGACUCAUUACCAUACAGUAAACAGUAUGAAAAAUCAGCUGGAUAUCAUUGACAUCCAAGAUAGAUUAGGCUAUGUUGAUACAGGGUCAAUAGAUGAGCAUGAAGCAACACCACCACUACGCACCAUGGUGGCUUCAUCUUCUACUGCCGAUUUAAUAAUAAAAGAACCGAAACCACAAGUGCCUUAUACAGCUUACACAAACCAUAUGAGACGAGCGAACAGCAAUGGUAACGAUUUGAAUAAUCAGAAAGGGAGUCAAAGUGAACAACGUAAAGGAAAAGAACCAUUGCUGAAUAACAAUCGUCAGCCACAAACCAGGUCGUCGCGGUUUAUAGCCGUAAAUAGUAAUGGUAAUAACAACGAGGACCCAUUAGGCAAGCCAAAAGGAACAUCCACAUCGCUGCCUGCUACAGCCGCAGCAAGCCCGCAAAACGAGCCAUAUGAAGUGAAGGAUGUCAUGGUGUCAAAGCUAAACGAAAUAGCCGAAAUGUUAAAGCUAUUGACAGUACAACAACAUCAACAACUAUCAGCACCACCGCCACCACCACCACCACCACCACAAGGGUAUUCCUCUUCAUCACCCGUAGCAUCAUCCAUCAUGUCGUCUCAACAACCGGGCAAACCGACCUUAUCGAAAUCCAAUGUUUUACGCAGAAAGCCUAGUAAAGGAAAACUGAACGCAGUCUACCAUAGCAACGGACCACAUUAUCCUUCUCCCAAUAGAAAAGUGCUUAGUACAGUCUACGGGAAUCUUGGUUUGGAACCUUCAACUCCAUUACCUGCGUCCACUCCAUCUUAUCCUUCUUCCCAGCAGCACAACCCAUAUGCGUUGGCAACCAUCGCCCCUCCAACCAUUUCCACCCAUCAUUAUUACAAGGGUAGAAAAUCAGCAGUUCCGUACUAUAGAUACAAUGGCGAAGGUAUUGCUGCAGAUCAAGAAGAGGAGGAUCAUUAUCAACAACAGCAUUAUGACCAUUCAUCCUAUUAUCAUCAGCAUCACUAUUAUCAACCCUAUCUUCAUUAUUACUAUCAGCAACCUCCCCCUGCUGCACCAACACCCGUUUCACAUUAUCAUUAUGACUAUACGGAACAGAAUGAGCCUUCUGUGUUUGAUUAUUAUGCACCCCCUUCUUCUGAACGGCCACCCUUUCGUCAGCGUAGAAAAUCUUUAAGUAGCCUACAUGAAACACAAGUCAAUCCUACGGCUUUACAAAGAAAGAGUUCUCAGAAGAGUUCAUUGAGACAAAAGAGACCGACUUCAGCCAUGUUAUAUGAUCUUCCAGCAGCAUCGAAGCAGCAGCAGUCAUUGGCCUAUCUUUAUCCACCGCAAUACAUGCAGCAGCAGCACUAUCAAGCGCCUGUUCCUGUCUCUUCUGGUUUACAUCACGUCCAUUCGAACCAACCAUAUCAAUACUCACCAACGAGGCAUCACCCAUAUGGAUAUUACAUAUAAUUUAAUCUUUCUUAUUUAUUGUUACAGCUUAUAAUACACAAAAAAAAAGAAAAAAAAGAGAAAA